AUGGCCGAGUCUACCGCCAUUGCCGCCCGCCGCGCCUUUGAGGCAUCGCAGCUCAUCGACCCCGCAGAGCGUGACGUUGCUCUCGCCGCCAUCCGUGACGCUCUCGCCGAGGCUCGCGAUGAGGUCCUCGCGGCCAACGUCAAGGACAUGGAGGCUGCCGCUCCCCUCGUCGAGUCGGGCAAGCUGUCCAAGUCUCUGUUGUCGCGUCUUGACCUUGGCCGUCCGGGCAAGUACGACGCCAUGCUCCAGGGUAUCACCGACGUUGCUGCCCUCCCCCUCCCCACUGGCCUGGUGACUUUUGCCAAGGAGCUCGGCCCCGAGCUCGAGCUGCACCGCGUGACCUGCCCCGUUGGUGUCCUGCUCGUCAUCUUUGAGGCGCGCCCCGAAGUUGUGGUCAACAUUGCUGCCCUGGCCAUCAAGAGCGGCAACGCCGCCAUUCUCAAGGGUGGCAAGGAGAGCACCUACUCUACCCAGGUUCUCAGCGGCAUCAUUGCCCGUGCGCUGGCCAAGACCUCCAUCCCGGCCACGUUUGUCCAGACUGUCUCGACGCGUGACGAGAUCUCGUCCCUCCUUGCUCAGGACAAGUACAUUGACCUCGUCAUGCCCCGCGGUGGCAACGAGCUUGUCAGCCACAUCCAGAACAACACCCGCAUCGCUGUCAUGGGCCACGCCGACGGCAUCUGUGCCGUCUACCUUGACGAGAGUGCCGACGAGAACAAGGCGGUUCGUGUCACGGUCGAGUCCAAGAUCGACUACAUGGCUGCGUGCAACGCCGUCGAGACUCUGCUCGUCAACGAGAAGGUCGUCAACACCGUCUGGCCCAAGGUCGCCAACGCUCUCGCUGCCGUUGAUGUCUCGCUGAAGUGCGAUGCUGCCACACUCGGUGCCAUUGCGGGCUCGCCCGCUGCCGACAAGGCCACUGCCUCCACCGAGGAGGACUACAGCACCGAGUUCCUCGGUCCCACCAUUGCCGUCAAGGUCGUCCCGUCGGUCGAGGUGGCCAUCCAGCACAUCAACGAGCACUCGUCGCACCACACCGACUCGAUCGUCACCGAGGACGAGGCCUCGAUGUCGGCCUGGGCCCGCGGUCUUGACAGUGCCAACUGUUUUGUCAACGCCUCCACCCGUUUCGCCGACGGCACUCGCUACGGCCUUGGUACUGAGGUCGGAAUCUCCACCGGCAAGACCCACGCCCGUGGCCCCGUGGGUCUCGACGGUCUUGUUAUUUACAAGUAUGUCCUCCGUUCCAAGAAGGCGGACGGAUCCGUCAUUGCCGACCACGAAAAGGGCGGAAAGGGAUACACCCACACCGACCUUCCCCGUGGCAACCCCCCCUUCUGA